GUCUUGUUGACCCUCAUUGGAGAGUCUUGCGUCCUAUUUCUCUUAUGGUCUAGUGCUGCCUCCAAUUCGCCUCUCCCGCAACCUCCCAUUCCCCUUCAUCAUCACACCGGCUCUAGCGAUCGCUCGCUGCCUUGGUCAUCCUGCAGCUCAUCAUCUGUGUUUUUCAACUAUUGCUAUCAAAAACCUUUGAUUUUCACUCCAGGGGCCAUCAUUAGAGCUCAUGCUCCCGUUUUCCCAUCGGUCUUGUGUUGCCUCCAAUUCGCCUCUCCCGCAAUUUCUCAUCCCCCUUCAUCACCGCACCUGCUCCUGCAAUCGCUAGCUACCUUCAUCAUCCUUCACCCAUCAUCAGCGUUUCCCAUCUAUUGCUGUCUUGAACCUUUGAUUUACACUCCAGAAGCCAUCUUUUUCUUUUUUGAGGAAUCUUUAGAGUUAGCUAUUGUUUACUUCUCCGUAUUCACCCUACGGUUUAGUGUCUUCACCCAUUCAUUCUGUCUCAGUGUCCCCUCCAGAUACACUUCUUUGCAUCAUUUUUUCAUCUUCUCCACCAACCACCAACCAAAUUGAAGAUUCUGUGAAUACACACACAAACACAAUCUGCCUUCAGAGUAAUUUUACCUAUUUCCCAUAUUUGCUCUGUUAUAUUCCUGAUUUUCAUUCCUCAAAAAAUCCCAAUUUUCCCACCGUGCCUUUCUACUUCCAAGAAACACAAAAAAAAAGAUACACCCCCCUCAAUACCACGGUGUGCUUUCAAUGGCGGAAGUGGCAUUGGCUGUGGCUGGUGUACGGGCUGGCUUACAGUUGGUGGUAUCACCGAUCUUGAAGAAGCUGCUAGCUGACCCCGCAAGGUGUCUUGGUGUGGACAUGGUGAGUGAGCUCCAUGAACUGGAGACCAACAUCAUGCCACAGUUCGCUCUACUGGUUGAAGCAGCUAACAGGAGCCCUCACAGGCCAAUGUUGAACAACUGGGUCCAGCAGCUCAAAGACGCCUUCUGUAAAGCUGAGGACCUGCUAGAUGAGCAUGAGUACAACAUCCUCAAGCGCGAAGCAGAGAAGGGGAAGGAUUCUUUGAUAGAACAUGCAUCUUCUAGUGGUACUAUUAUGAAGCAUGUGCAUAUUGUGUCGAGCAGGCUGUCCAAUCUGCGCCCAAAGAACAAAAAGCUACUCGAGCAGCUGAAGGAACUGAAGGUCAUCCUUGCGGAAGCCAAGGGCCUCCGGGAACUACUUUGCUUACCUGUUGUGGCCUCCUCAGUGCCAGCAGCUGCUAUUCGAGUGGCCACAUCAAUGGCCCCUCAGAAAGUGUUUGGCCGCGACAAGGACCGCGUUGAUAUUAUAGGUCUUCUUACCAAGCCGGUUGCUGUUGAGUCUGAUACAAGUAGGUUUUCUGGUCUAGCCAUUGUUGGACUUGGAGGCAUGGGAAAAUCCACCUUGGCGCAAUAUGUUUACAAUGACGAGAGGAUAAAAGAACAUUUUCAGGUCAGGAUGUGGGUUUGCAUCUCACGCAAACUUGAUGUAAUUGGCCAUACACGGUUGAUUAUUGAAUCAGCAAAAGGAGGGCAAUGCCCUCCUGUUGAUAAUCUUGAUACUCUCCAAUGCAUAUUGAGGGACAUGCUGGAAAAAUCAAAGAGAUUCCUGCUUGUGCUGGAUGAUGUCUGGUUCGAAAAAAAGAGCAAUGAGGACUGGGAGCAACUACUGGCUCCUCUAGUUUCUCGACACACAGGAAGCAAAGUUUUGGUAACUUCUCGAUCCAAGACACUUCCAGCUGCUCUUUACUGUAAGGAAAUUAUUAUUAUGAAAGAAAUGGAAAACACUGAUAUCUUAGCACUCUUCAAGGACCAUGCCUUUUCUGGUGCAGCAAUCGGUGACCAGAGGGUGCGUGAGCAGCUAGAAACUAUUGCAGAAAAGCUUGCUAAAAGACUUGGAAGAUCUCCUCUGGCAGCAAAAACUGUGGGUUCACGGCUGAGCAGGAAAAAGGAUAAGGCAGCAUGGGAAGAUGCUUUAAGGAUUGACAACUUAAGUGAUCCCAGUAGAGCACUUUUGUGGAGUUACGAGAAGUUAGAUCCAAGUCUGCAGAGGUGUUUCCUGUAUUGCAGUUUACACCCAAAAGGCCACUGCUAUAAAAGGGAUAAGUUGGUUUGCAUGUGGGUAGGAGAGGGACUUAUUGAUUCGUGCAAUGUGAACAAGAGAACGGAAGAUAUUGGGAGGGACUGCUUUGAUGAGAUGCUCUCAGUUUCAUUCUUUCAACCCGUUUACAGAGGUGACGAAGUUAUGCACUGGUAUGUUAUGCAUGACCUCGUUCAUGAUUUGGCAGAGUCAUUGUCUAAAGAAGUCUGCUUCAGAUUAGAAGAUGAUAAGAUGGCAACAAUACCACACACUGUUCGACAUCUAUCUGUUUGUGUUAAGAGUUUGAAGCAACAUAAGCACUCUAUCUGCAGGCUACAUCAUUUACGUAGCUUUGUCUGCAUUGAACCACUUAUAGAUGAUGCAACAGAUAUUUUCCAGCAGGUGCUGCAGAAUUUGAAGAAGUUACGUGUACUUAUUCUGGAGUUCUAUAACAGCAGCAAACUGCCUGAAUCUGUUGGUGAAUUGAAGCACCUUCGGUACUUGAACGUUGCCCGUACUUCGAUCUCUGAAUUGCCUGGAUCAUUGUGUGCUCUUUACCACUUGCAAUUACUAUUCAGUCCAAAUGUUGAAACUUUUCCUGAAAAAAUAUUCAGUUUAAGUAAGUUGAGAUAUCAUGAAGGGCGUGGCCAAAUCCCUUACAUAGGCAAGUUAAUUUCACUCCACAAUCUCGAUCAAUUUUGCGUGAAAAAACAGAGUGGCUAUGAGCUGCGACAACUGAAAGACAUGAACAACCUUGGUGGCAGUUUAAGGAUCACAAAUCUUGAGAAUGUUGCUGGGAAGGAUCAAGCCUUAGAAGCAAAGCUACAUCAGAAAAAUCAUCUCGAGAGAUUGCACCUUGAAUGGAGUGAAGAAAAUGACAUGACUGCUCCUGAUAGAUUACAUUUGGAAACCCUGGAAGGUCUGGUGCCACCACCGCAAAUAAGGGGCCUUACUAUCAAAGGUUACCGAUAUGCAAAAUACCCAGGCUGGUUACUCGGGGAUUCUUAUUUCCAGAAUUUGGAAUCACUUGCACUUGUUAAUUGCAGUGCCUUAGAAAUCCUACCAUCGAAUGCCGCUCUCUUUGGGAAUUGCUCCUCACUUCGCCUCGAGAAUGUCCCAUACUUGAAGACAUUACCUUCUCUUCCGGCUAGCCUUGAAGAGUUAGUGAUUGAGAAAUGCAUAUUGCUUAUGUUUAUUUCCAGCGAUGAGCUAAAACAAUUGGACCAAAGGGAGAACACCAUGAUGACAUGCAACCUGAAGUCACGGCUUUCUUCCACCUGGGAGGUGGAUUCGGGAUCAAACAUCAAGGACACACUGUUGUCAGAACAUUCAUCUCUGAAGCGCCUGAUGAAAUUGAUGGAUGUUGAUAUUUCUCAUCUUGAAACCAUUGAAAGUGCUCUAGAAAGAGAGGGGAGUGAAGUAUUGGUGAAAGAGGAUAUCAUCAACGCAUGGAUAUGUUGCCAUGUGGAGAGGAUAAGACUCAUAUGUAAAAGGAACGUUAGCCUACAACUGGUUCCACCAUCAGGGCUUUGUCGGCUUGACCUUUAUUCAUGUGUCGUUACAGAUGAAGCAUUAGCGGUUUGCCUUGUUGGUCUCACUGCAUUGAGACGUUUGUCAUUAAAAGAGAUUAUGACUUUAACUACACUUCCGUCACAGGAUGUUCUCCAACAGUUGACAAAGCUUGAUAACUUGCAGAUCGACUCGUGCUGGUGCCUUAGAUCAUUAGGGGGGCUGCGAGCUGCUACCACUCUUUCAACAUUUUUUUUGUGGAGCUGCCCUUCUGUAGAGUUGACACAUGGAACAGAUGUUAUGCCAUUGUCCCUUGAGAUGCUCAGCAUAAAACACUGUGUGGUUGCAGCAGAUUUCUUCAGUAGUGACUUGCCGCAACUGAGUUUUCUUUCGAUGGAUUGGUGCAGAAGCUCUUCAUCAUUGUCGAUUGGUCAUUUAACCUCCCUGGGACACUUAUCACUACGAAGUUUACAGGACCUGUGCUUUCUUGAAGGGUUGUCUUCGCUGAAACUUGGCAGUGCACAUUUUGGAGAUCUCCCGAAUCUUAGUAUGAAGUGCAUCUCACAGUUGCAACUCGGUGCUCUCUAUGUUAGCAGCUCUGUAAUACUCAACCACAUGCUCUCAGCUGAAGGUCUUACAGUUCCAGGAUAUCUCGCCCUUGAAGAUUGCAAGGAGCGAUCCUUUUCAUUUGAAGAAUCAGCAGAUUUCUCAUCUGUCGACUGCCUGACAUUUAGGAAUUGUGAAAUCAGUUCCUUGCCAGAUUUGAAGUGCUUUUCAAGUCUGAGUACACUCCAAAUUCUUGGAUGCCCCAAUCUAUCAUCUUUACCUGAUUUGCCAUCCUCCCUGUACCACAUACUCGUGCUGGAUUCUCAACUCUUGAAGAAGAGCUGCCAAUCGCCUGAUGGAGAAAGCUGGCCAAAGAUUGAGCAUGUCCGCUCAAAAUAUAUUUAUUAAUCUUCAUCCAGAUUUGCAACUGUGUAGAAAUAGAAAGCAGGGCUCCAGGACACUGCACCUCGUCUCCAUUGCCUGUCAGUGAGGUGGAGUGAUUCUCUCAAGCUCUUAGCUUGCAGUUGGCCCGUCAUUUCACUUUUAUUGCCGAUUUCUGUGAUCCUCGCCUGCGACGACUCCACCAUCUUUGCCAAGACGUGUAUAUAAAUACAUGUAUUGUUAUUAUUAUAAGUGUUGUUUUCUUAUCCUCAUCUCAUAAUGUUUCUUUUGGUUGUUAUCUGCUACUUGUGGAGAGCUAAUUAAUCUCCAUGCGCCAUCGUGCCUCAACUUG